UUCAUUUCACUCUUAGUAGUAGCUUAUUCUUAUAAGAAACGAUUCCUAGCAGUAAUUUUACUAUCAUAAGUUGAUUUAGCCAAAUUCAGAGUUAACACAGUUUUUUUAUUCCGGUACUGAGAUUUUCGUCUGUGAUUGUGCAGUUUUUGUAUGGGUAACAGGGUGUAUGGGCAUAGCCAACAAAUAGCUGUAAAUUACCCAUAGUGUGGGAAAAUCGUCUCACAUAACAUAAACGUAUACUGCCUCGUCUGUCACCACAGAAAAUACGACUAUGUUUAAAACACGUUUGUAUUUCGUUGCCGUUGGUUAUGUAGAAAAGCAAGUUUGAAGUGUGGGAAUUCGUAUGUUGGUAUCAGCUGUUUUAUGGAAUGGCUUGUGAUGAAAUGACAUGGCUUUAAGUAUGUGGAGAAAAUUACCAAAGCUGAUGUGUGUGGGGCAUGGUUUUCACACGUCUCCUGCUUACAGUCAUAUCAUCAAACUAACUCGGUUACGAGUUGUAGAUAACAGUGAGAUAGGAAAACGUGCAAUGGCUGAGGGAAAGCCACCUAAAUGCAUUCAUGUCUACAACAAAAAGGGCGUUGGAACAAUUGGCGACAAGGUCUUGCUUGCCAUAAAGGGUGAGAAAAAGAAAGCAAUCAUUGUUGGUGUUAAGCAGAAUCAGCCGGCAUUAAGUCCUAAAUUUGACAGCAAUAAUGUGGUGCUCGUUGAUGAUAAUGGAACUCCGCUUGGGACUAGGAUUCACGUUCCAAUUCCUCAGGUUCUCCGAACCAUACUGAAAGAGAAGAAUGUGGUUAAAGGUGCUGAUUAUACUAAACUUAUAGCCUUAGCUUCACGGUUUGUGUAAGAGUGAAGAUUGUAUAUUCUUUUGCUAAGUACAGUCUUUGUAAUGAAGAAUAAUUUACUUGUUUUACACGGCUUGUAAAAUGAAUCACAUAAGUGACUUAAUUCAUGUGUUUCAUUUAAAUUGCAGUUGGUGUUUUGAAACUUUGUUUUUUAGUUAAUUACAGGAUGACUAGUGAAAGGACAUUAAAAAUGUGUAGUCGUAUGUAAUUUCAUCUUAUAUCUGAAAGUUAUACAUUAAACUUCAGCCUUCAGAGCAAAA